AUGGCCGUUCACAUGAGAAAGGCUGUUUUUGCCCUAUCCCUCAUCUCAGGAGUACUAGCUGCGCCAUACAAAAGACUGGAAAACCCUCUUGGUGUCCAAUAUGGAAUUGAUGCCUCUUCAAUGAUUAGCUACGACUCCAUUUAUUUUGGUUGGGCACCAAAUUAUAAACCAUCAGUAACGCUCGCAUCCCUGAACCAAGCAACAGGGCAGAAGGGCGCCACGUACAAUGUCUAUUCUCAAAUUACGUCGUCAAACGUUGACAGUGGCUCUUACGAUGGCAAUUAUCAAUACAAUCUAACAAUCCCAACUUCAGUCAACUACGAUGAAUACAAAACUGCUUGGAAGACCAUGUAUAACGCGGUUUCAAGUAACGAUAAGAUAUUCAUGUUUUGGUCUCCUAAUGACGACACUUCAUCCGAACCCGUUGCGCCUUGGUGGCCCGGUGAAGAAUACGUUGAUAUCGUAGGCAUGGAUUACUAUCCAAACGCUGAUGAAGGACUUCCUGAUUUCGAAAGCGCUUAUGGAGCCUUUUAUGACACAUAUUCUGCCGGAUACGGUAUUCCUUUUGCCAUCGGUGAGACAGGCACUCAGCUUUCAAACGGGGAUUCUGCUAGCACGGAACAGAAAGAAGAGUGGCUCAAGGCCGUUAUCAACCCGUUGUCAGGUUUUGGAGAUUACUCUGAGUAUUACUUCAGCUGCACUUGGUUUGAAUACGGCCCCCCAACUAAUGACAUAAAUUUCUAUAUUGUCUACGAGCAGGACAGCUCGGUUGUCACGGAGACGAUUUCCAAUACUGAGAGUGGCACGGCAUGA